AUGUCAACGACGGUGCUCAUCACAGGUGCAGGGGGGUUCCUCGGUUCGCUGCUCGCAGACACCUUGACUCGCCUUCAACCUCAACACACAUUCCAGUUUAUCCUGGUCGAUGUACACCAGCCGUCUGCACCCAAGAGUGCCGGCGUCAAAAACGUCCGUCUCGCCGCGGACCUCACCUGUGAAGCUGGGGUGGAUUCGAUCUUCCGAACCGAGCUGGGCCUGCCGUCUGUCAUCUACUCUUUGCACGGAAUCAUGUCGAAAGGCUCUGAGGACAACUGGGACCUCGGAUUUCGAGUGAAUUUCGAAUCCACUCGAUCACUCCUCGACAAGGCUAGACAGUUGGUCGCGGGGGUUAAGUUCAUUUUUGCUUCGUCUGUGGGCGUGUUUGGCGGCAAGCUACCAGAGGUGGUAACGCCAGAUACCUACCCUAGGCCCGAAUCGAAUUACGGAACAGCGAAAGUGAUGUGCGAGUAUCUGGUCACAGAGUACUCGCGCAAAGGGUUCAUCGACGGGCGUGCGGUCAGGCUGCCCACCAUCACGGUUCGACCCGGUGCACCUGCAGCGGCUACUACGGCGUUUGUUUCGGGCAUCAUCCGAGAACCUCUUCAAGGCCUCAAUGCCACCUGCCCGAUCGGCAAGAGCGCCAACGAUCCAGUGCUCGAAUCGACAAAGCUGUGGAUCUCAUCUCCCAGCACAGUGCUGGAAAACCUGGUGAUCGCCAAAGACAUCCCCGCCAACAAGUUUCCCAAGUACUCCCGAGCUGUCAACCUGCCUGGGUUCACAGUCAGCGUCAAAGAGCAGGUGGAGGCGUUGCGCAAGGUGGCCGGUGACGAAGCGGUGGCUUUGAUUCAAUUUGAGAAGGACCAAGUUUGCGAGAGGCUGGUGGGCACUUUUCCAGCCAAGUUUGAUAACGAGUUUGCUUUAGCGAUCGGGUUCAAGGUGGAUCAAGGUGGAUUCGAACACAACAUCCGCGAGUUCCAGGAGUUCUUGGCUUCACAGAACAAGUCAGAGACGUGCCAAAUUUAA